AUGGGGGAAUCGGAGAUUUCCAUCAUGGCGGCUUCCAUUUCGGGCUACACCUUCAGCGCUGUGUGUUUCCACAGCGCCAACAGCAACGCCGACCACGAAGGAUUUUUGCUGGGAGAGGUGAGACAAGAGGAAACCUUUAGCAUCAGUGAUUCCCAAAUCAGCAACACAGAGUUCCUGCAAGUCAUUGAAAUCCAUAACCAUCAGCCUUGUUCAAAGCUUUUUAGUUUUUAUGACUACGCAAGCAAAGUUAACGAAGAGAGUUUGGACAGGAUUCUUAAAGAUCGGAGAAAGAAGGUGAUCGGGUGGUACCGGUUCCGGCGGAACACGCAGCAGCAGAUGUCGUACCGGGAGCAGGUCCUCCACAAGCAGCUCACGCGCAUCCUCGGGGUGCCCGACCUCGUCUUCCUGCUCUUCAGCUUCAUCUCCACUGCCAACAGCUCCACGCACGCUCUGGAGUACGUCCUCUUCAGACCAAACCGGAGGUACAAUCAAAGGAUCUCCCUUGCUAUUCCCAACCUGGGCAACACCAGCCAGCAAGAGUAUAAAGUGUCCUCGGUGCCAAACACGUCUCAGAGUUACGCCAGAGUCAUUAAAGAGCACGGCACUGACUUCUUUGACAAGGACGGAGUCAUGAAGGACAUCAGGGCCAUCUACCAGGUUUACAACGCGCUGCAGGAGAAGGUGCAGGCAGUGUGCGCCGAUGUGGAGAAGAGUGAGCGCGUGGUGGAGUCUUGUGAGGCCGAAGUGGACAAGUUGAGAAGACAAGUCACUCAGAGGAAAAACGAGAAGGAACAAGAGAGACGGCUGCAGCAGGCGGCGGGCAGCAGGCAGGGGCCGCCCGAGAGCCUGGAGCCGGCUCUCAGCCCGCGGACGCCGUACCUGGGGUCCGCCACUGACGGCGGCGGAAGUGCACUGGCAGAGGCCGAGGCCUCUGACCCUCCGCCCCCUUAUUCAGAUUUUCACCCAAACAAUCAAGAAAGUACUUUGAGCCAUUCUCGAGUGGAAACAAGUGUCUUUAUGCCUCGACCUCAAGCUGUGGGUUCCUCCAGUUUUGCCCCCAACAGUGCCGGACUGAAGUACCCCGGAGGCGGAGCGGGGGACAGCGCGGAGGGGACAGACGACAGUGAUUAUGAAAACCUGAUCGACCCGACAGAGCCCCCCAGCAGCGAGCACCCGCACUCCAGGGAUUCUCGGCCCACGACACAUCCCGACGGGGGCUCCCGGAACGCUCAGACCUCCCAGAUUUAA